AUGUUGAGAUCUGUUCGUCCUUCUUUAAAGAAAACCACUAUUUCUCUUGCUCGUAACCUUUCUCAUAAGGAAUUAAAAUUCGGUGUUGAAGGUAGAGCGGCCUUAUUAAAGGGUGUUAACACAUUGGCGGAUGCUGUAUCUGUUACCUUAGGACCAAAAGGUAGAAAUGUUUUGAUUGAACAGCAAUUCGGAUCCCCAAAGAUCACUAAGGAUGGUGUUACCGUUGCUAAGUCGAUCACUUUACAAGACAAAUUCGAAGAUAUGGGUGCCAAGUUAUUACAAGAAGUUGCUUCCAAGACAAACGAAUCAGCUGGUGAUGGUACAACAUCAGCUACUGUUUUAGGUAGAUCCAUCUUCACCGAAUCGGUUAAGAAUGUUGCUGCUGGUUGUAACCCAAUGGACUUGAGAAGAGGUUCGCAAGCAGCCGUUGAAGCCGUAGUUAGCUUUUUACAAAACAACAAAAAGGAAAUUACCACAUCUGAAGAAAUUGCUCAAGUUGCCACUAUCUCUGCUAAUGGUGACAAGCACAUUGGUGAUUUAUUGGCCUCUGCUAUGGAAAAGGUUGGUAAGGAAGGUGUCAUUACCGUCAAGGAAGGUAAGACCUUAGAAGAUGAAUUGGAAGUCACCGAAGGUAUGAGAUUCGACCGUGGUUUCAUUUCUCCUUACUUCAUCACCAACACCAAAUCUGGUAAGGUUGAAUUUGAAAACCCUUUGAUUUUGUUAUCCGAAAAGAAGAUUUCUUCUAUUCAAGAUAUCUUGCCUUCUUUGGAAUUAUCUAACCAACAAAGAAGACCUUUAUUGAUCAUCGCCGAAGAUAUUGAUGGUGAAGCUUUAGCCGCCUGUAUUUUAAAUAAGUUGAGAGGUCAAGUACAAGUUUGUGCUGUUAAGGCCCCAGGUUUCGGUGAUAACAGAAAGAACACUUUAGGUGAUAUUGCUAUCUUAUCUGGGGGUACUGUCUUCACUGAAGAAUUAGACUUGAAGCCUGAAAAUGCUACCAUUGACUUGUUAGGUUCUUGUGGUUCUAUCACCAUUACCAAGGAAGACACUGUUGUCUUAAAUGGUGAAGGUUCAAAGGAAAACAUUCAAGCUAGAUGUGAACAAAUCAGAACUAGCGUCGAUGACAUUCAAACUACUGAAUACGAAAAGGAAAAGUUACAAGAAAGAUUAGCUAAAUUAUCCGGAGGUGUUGCAGUCGUUAGAGUUGGUGGUACUUCUGAAAUCGAAGUCAGUGAAAAGAAGGAUCGUUAUGACGAUGCUUUGAAUGCUACUAGAGCUGCUGUUCAAGAAGGUAUUUUACCAGGUGGUGGUACUGCUUUAAUUAAGGCAUCAAGAGUCUUAGACGACAUUAAGGCCACUGCUGCCAACUUUGAUCAAAAAUUAGGUGUUGAUAUCAUUAAGUCUGCUAUCACUAAACCAGCCAGAAGAAUCAUCGAAAACGCUGGUGAAGAAGGUGCUGUCAUUGUUGGUAAGAUCUACGAUGAACCAAACUUCAACCACGGUUAUGAUUCUUCAAAGGGUGAGUUCACCGACAUGAUUGCAGCUGGUAUUAUUGACCCAUUCAAGGUCGUUAAGAACGGUUUAGUCGAUGCCAGUGGUGUUGCUUCCUUAUUAGCUACUACUGAAUGUGCUAUUGUCGAAGCUCCAGAACCAAAGGGCUCUCCUGCUCCUCCAGCUGGCGGUAUGCCAGGUAUGGGUGGUAUGCCAGGUAUGGGCUUCUAA